AUGACAGCUGGAACAAUGACCAAAAUGACCCUUAAAAUCCAUGUUUUGGCAAAAGAAAGACAGAUUGGAACUGUGUUUAGCUGCCAAUAUUCUAUUCCUAACAUGAAUGGGAAAAUAAGCCCUUUAGGCCAAUCUUUCAUGAAUAGGAGUAGCGCGCGCCCCUGUAGUAUAUGUCGUGUACGGAAAGAUCAAUCCUCAGGUCCGGGCUUUCAAGUAAGAGGGUGUUGUGAGUUAAGAGCGGAAAGAUCAGCCAUAGGGAGUAUUAUACGUGUAAUCGAACCAAACUCGGAACAAACAAUACACAUAUCCUUGAACCUGAGAAAC